AAAGAAAAAACAGUUUAAGAGAAAUUUUCAGAAUAACAAUAAUUCUAGCGAACCAAACACAUCAUCAAGAACAACAACAACCAGAGAUUGCUUUUCUACUCUCUUGGCCGGUUUUCGGAUUUCGAUCACUGACCCAACUCGGAGGCCUCCAUCCUUAACUUUUCUUUUCUUAUCAUUACCGUCUUUUAGCUCCUUGUGGUUUUCUGAUGAAGAAUGUUUGCUGGGUUUCAUAGAUCAUGCCUCAGAUCUUGUAAUCCUUUGAUCUAGCUGAAGAGAACUGAGAUAAGGAAGGGAUUUUUUCACUUAGAGUAGAAGAACAAGAACUUGAAUUCAUAGACUGUGGAUGUUGGAUUCUGUUGGUCAGGAACACAGAGAGCCUAUGAGGUGAUUAGAUCCUCACUGGGUUGCUGUUAGCAGGUUUGAUUGGGUUGAUUUCCUGAUUGUUGCUGCAAAUGUUAUUAUCAUUUGUGGUUUGCACUCUGUUGUAAGCUAUUCAAUCAACAUACCUGUUAGGAUUACUUGAAGUGAACUUAAUCCUGUAGUUCCCAGUGAUGAUCAAACAGAUACUCAACAGACUCCCACGGAAGCCCUCAAAGUCAGCUGACAAUCGUGAUGGGGGAACCUCUACUUUUCCUCCUAAUGCUUCUUCUAGUUCAAGAAGCAGUGACUUGUCAGGUUUGCGGUCAGGGAGUUUGAAUGCUACGUCUCUUGCAGGGGUCAAUUCCAAUUCUACCGCGGGGUUAAAUCAUGGAAAUAAACUUCUCCAUUCUGCAGUUGCAAAGGAGAAUGGGAAUUCAGCAGUUUUCCAGUAUGAAGCCUUGCCUAAUUUUAGAGAUGUUCCCACUUCUGAGAAGCAAACCUUGUUCAUAAAGAAGUUGAACAUGUGUUGUGUAGUGUUUGAUUUUACUGAUCCAACAAAAAACUUGAAAGAGAAAGACAUAAAGCGACAAACCUUGAUGGAUCUUGUUGAUUAUGUUGCCUCGGUGAGUGGGAAAUUCACAGAAAUUACCAUGCAAGAAAUUGUAAAAAUGGUAUCCAUAAAUUUGUUCAGAUCACUUACUCCUCAGCCUCGUGAAAAUAAAAUUUUGGAAGCUUUUGACUUGGAAGAAGAGGAACCCAUGAUGGACCCUUCAUGGCCCCAUCUGCAAAUUGUGUAUGAAUUCCUUCUCAGGUUUGUGGCAUCACCGGAGACAGAUGCAAAAUUAGCAAAGCGAUACAUUAAUCAUUCGUUUAUCAUAAAGCUACUAGAUCUUUUUGAUUCAGAAGAUCCAAGAGAAAGGGAGUACUUGAAAACAGUUCUCCACCGCAUAUAUGGAAAGUUCAUGGUACACCGCCCAUUCAUUAGGAAAGCAAUCAAUAAUAUAUUUUAUCGCUUCAUUUUUGAAACUGAGAAACAUAACGGAAUAGCAGAGCUGUUAGAAAUAUUGGGCAGUAUAAUUAAUGGGUUUGCCUUACCACUGAAGGAAGAGCACAAACUUUUCCUUGUUCGAGCUCUCAUUCCGCUUCACAAACCAAAGUGCAUACAGAUGUACCAUCAACAGUUAUCAUACUGCAUCACUCAGUUUGUGGAGAAGGAUUGCAAGCUUGCUGAUACUGUUAUUAGGGGUUUAUUGAAGUAUUGGCCAGUUACAAACAGCUCAAAGGAGGUUAUGUUCUUAGGUGAGCUGGAGGAGGUCCUGGAAGCUACACAGCCUCCAGAAUUCCAGCGCUGUAUGGUUCCCUUGUUUCGACAAAUUGGUCGUUGCUUGAGCAGCUCACAUUUUCAGGUGGCUGAGAGGGCGUUGUUUUUAUGGAACAAUGAUCACAUUGAGAACUUAAUCAAACAAAAUCGCAAAGUUAUACUGCCAAUUAUCUUCCCCGCAUUGGAGAAAAAUUCGAGAACCCACUGGAAUCAAGCAGUGCAAAGUUUGACACUAAAUGUUCGCAAACUCUUCUCUGAUAUUGACGCUGAACUUUUUGAGGAGUGCUUGCACAAAUUUCAGGAAGAUGAAUCCCGCGAGCAAGAGAUAAAAAUGAAACGUGAAGCAACUUGGAAGCGUCUAGAAGAAAUUGCUGGGAUAAAAGCUGCAAGUAAUGAACCAGUUCUUGUCUCACACAGGGUGGCCCCUCGUGCAACAUCUGGCUAAAGACUUGGGAAUCCUAUUUUGUCACUAGCUCUUCAUUGUACUGACUGGCAUGAUGACUGAGGAUGUGAAUCAUGAACAAGGGACGUCGAUUUAUCAUUAACAAGAAUCACACUCUCUUCGUUCAUGGUAUCGUAAUGCCUGCCAUUCUUCCAGGUGAAUGGAACACUAUGUUGGAUAUGAACUACCCUCUCCCCGAUUUGGACACGAGGGCUGUACAUAUGGAAUUGGGUGGAAAUAGUUUCUCAAGAUUUUAUAGUCUGAACACCUAGCUUGAAUUAAUUUGGAUAGUAAACUAAAUGUGGCAUUCUCUUUGUUUGUCUAGAAAAGAAAGGGCUUCAUUUUGCAGGUCCCCCUCUCUAGAUAAUUUUGCAUGUAGUUUCAUUUGUGUACUCUUAAUCUGCAGUUCUAUAUCUGUACCGUCAUAAUAAGUUUA